CAUUACUGUAGAGAGCCGUGCGAGCCGCUCCAGCUUACAACUUUUGCCGUGCGCCGUGCGUCCUCUUCGCGGACUUUUACGCACACCUGGCCAGACAUUCCGCCUCAAUUUGGAGCAAAUUUUGCGUGAAAAAACGGGCCGAGCUGGACCUGUCGCACACAUCCACAACAGCAGUAGCAGAUUGGGGUGGUUGUGCGUCCAUGCUGCCCAACAGUCUGGUGAGUACAGCCGCACCAUGAUAAGACUUUGGAUGAUUGUUUGCGAGGCGUGACAAGGCGACGUGGGAGAAGAAAAGAAGAGGCUGAUAAUGAAGCUUAUCUGAGCUACUAAAAGGCAUGCAAGAGGUGCCCUACCUGCGGAUCCAGUGCAGAGCCCCCGCGACGAGUUUAGCUGAGGGGCAGAGAUUGGGGAGAAGUCGUGUGGACAAAGAGCUGAUUUAAUCUGGGGAUAGCCUACUACAAGUUUGGACCAUGCUUUCCUUGUGCUGACAGAGGACUCGGUUGGACUAACACUAAGGGACUCUUGUGUUGUUUUAUCGGUCACACACAAAGACGAAGUUGGCCACGCACAAGUUUGUAGUAACAACACCACGCUCGUUUACGGGGCCCGCUGUUAAACGUGCUCCGUAUCUAACAUCGAUCUACCGUGUAACAUUACCAACGUGCACUUAGCCUGCUGAGAGUGUCCUGUGUUGCUGCGGUGUUUUGAUCACAGGCUCUCCAGAACUUUAAAUGCGGACUGGUUUGCGGUCAGAGAGUGCACAGCCGAGUUGCCCGUGCCUCUGGCCAUUUCAUUUAAGCAUAAAGUUUGCGUUUUGUCUCUUUGCUAAACCGCUAUGGAGCUGACGCACAGAGGCGUUUUCUUGUUGUGGUGCAUGGUCUUGGACUGGACUCUUCGGAUCUUUGCAGAGGAGGAGGUCCUGAUGAACACCAAGUCAGAGACGUCUGAUCUGAGAUGGACCAUCUUUUCACGUGCCAAGCCUGAGUGGGAGGAAGUAAGUGGUCUGGAUGAAGAAAAUAACAGUGUGAGGACUUAUGAGAUCUGUCAGAUGGACAGCUCAUCGAGCCAAUGGCUGCGCAGCGGCUUCAUCCAGCGCAGAGGAGCGUCUCAGGUGUAUGUGGAGCUGACAUUCACCAUGAUGGAGUGCUCCUCGCGGGGAACGCACCACCGCAGCUGCAAAGAAACCUUUAACCUCUACUAUUACGAGGCUGACACUAAUGAAGCCACUGCCACUUACCCGCCCUGGAUGGAGAAUCCAUACGUCAAGGUGGACACAGUGGCUGCAGACUUUCUCCUGAAAAAGGGAGGGGCACGGAAGUCCAAUGUGAAGACUGUAAGACUGGGCUCCUUGUCCAAGAGGGGAUUUUACUUGGCGUUCCAGGCACAGGGGGCUUGCAUGGCUCUGCUCUCUGUCAGGGUGUUCUUUAAAAAGUGCCCUCCUCUGGUCAGCAGCCUCUCUUCCUUCCCCGAGACCGUCCCUCGAACCCUGGUCCAGGAGGCGCAGGGCGUCUGUGUGGAGCACGCCUCUCUACAGGGGCCCAGACCCCACCCCCCAAAGCUCUUCUGUGGGGAGGACGGCCAGUGGGUGGGCCAGCCAGCCACAUCCUGCGCCUGUCUGCCCGGCUUUGAACCAUCCGAGGGCGGCACUAGAUGCACAGCCUGUCCUGUGGGUCAGUUCAAAUCUGGGACUGAGGGCCAGUGCACAGGCUGCCCCGGCUCCAGCUACACCACCAUCAGGGGCUCAUCCGAGUGCACCUGUCGCCCUGGGUUUCUACGGGCAGAAACAGACUCUCCUGAUGCACCAUGCACUGUGCCUCCUUCUGCUCCUCGCAGCAUCGUCCCAAAGAUCAACAACACGAGUCUGACCCUGGAGUGGAACGAGCCGCUGGAGAGCGGCGGCCGCUCGGACCUGACCUACUCUGUGCGCUGCUCAGUGUGCCGCUCGUCCAAAGGGCCAUGCCUUCUCUGUGGAGACAGCGUCAGCUACAGGCCUGCCCAGCGUGGGCUGGUGGGCCGUAGGGUGGAGGUCUGGGGUCUGCUGCCCCACACCACAUACACCUUUACCAUUGUAGCACUGAACGGCGUGUCACAGCUCAGUGGCACAGAACCUGCCAGUGAGAGUGUCAACAUCACCACGAGUCACGAUGUGCCGGCACUGGUGUCUGUGAUCCGAAAGAGUAACUCGACUGAAAGCAGCCUGACGCUGCACUGGACUGUGCCUGUGCAGCCACACAACACCAUUCUACAAUACCAGCUCCGCUACUGUGAGAGGGAGCGCCGUAGCGAGGAUCAGUGCUACUACACAGAGAGCAGCAGAAACCAGGCUGUGCUCACGGACCUGCGCAGGGCCACUCAGUAUGAAGUGCAGGUCAGGGCGCGGACCAUGGCUGGAUACGGCAGCUUCAGCCCCACUGCCAUUUUCCGCACUCUCCCUGAUGGACUUGACUCUCCCUCUCAGCUCGUUGUGACUGGCAUCCUUAUCGCGGUUGGGCUGCUGUUGCUCAUCGCCUUCGUCUUUGUGGCAGUCUACUGUAUACGCAGACACGGCAGAAUAAAGGAUCCUGAACUGGGCGACAAAACCAGCCAGUACCUCGUGGGCCAAGGGGUCAAGGUUUAUAUCGACCCCUUCACCUAUGAGGACCCAAAUGAGGCGGUGCGAGAAUUUGCCAAGGAAAUCGAUGUUUCCUUUGUCAAGAUUGAAGAGGUCAUUGGUGCUGGAGAGUUUGGGGAGGUGUGCCGCGGACGUCUAAAGAUUCCCGGAAAAAAGGAAAAUUAUGUCGCCAUAAAGACACUGAAGGGAGGUUACACAGAGAAGCAGAGGCGGGACUUCCUGUCUGAGGCGUCAAUCAUGGGACAGUUCCAGCACCCCAAUAUCAUUCACCUGGAGGGCAUCAUCACGGCCAGCUGCCCUGUCAUGAUCAUCACUGAGUUCAUGGAGAACGGGGCGCUGGACUCAUUUCUGCGGCUGAACGACAGCCAGUUCACUCCCAUCCAGCUGGUGGGGAUGCUGCGUGGCAUCGCCUCCGGCAUGAAGUACUUGGCAGAGAUGAGCUAUGUCCAUCGAGACCUCGCCGCCCGCAACAUCCUGAUCAACAGCAACCUGGUGUGCAAGGUGUCCGACUUCGGUUUGUCACGCUUUCUGCAGGAGAACUCCUCAGACCCAACCUACACCAGCUCACUGGGAGGUAAGAUUCCCAUCCGCUGGACCGCACCAGAAGCUAUCGCCUUCAGAAAGUUCACCUCUGCCUCAGACGUAUGGAGCUAUGGCAUCGUCAUGUGGGAGGUCAUGUCCUUUGGGGAGCGGCCAUACUGGGACAUGAGUAACCAGGAUGUAAUAAAUGCCAUAGAGCAGGACUACCGUCUGCCCCCUCCCCCUGACUGCCCCACACACCUGCACCAGCUCAUGUUGGACUGCUGGCAGAAAGACCGCUCUGCACGUCCACGCUUCUCCGAUCUGGUCAGCGCUUUGGACAAACUCAUCCGCAACCCAGCAUCACUCAAAAUAGUUGCCCAAGAAGCUGCAGGGCCAGCAUACCCCCUGCUCGACCAGCGUGCGCCUCUCGCCCCCUCGUCCUGCUCCUCGGUCGGAGAGUGGCUCAGGGCGAUCAAGAUGGAGCGCUACGAGGACAGUUUCCUCCAGGCGGGUGUCACCUCCGUGGACCAACUGGCCCAGAUCAGCACACAAGACUUACUGCACAUGGGGGUGACUUUGGCCGGCCAUCAGCGGAAGAUCCUGUGCAGCAUCCAGACUAUGACUUUUCGAAACAAGAGCACUACCACAGUCACCUUCUAGUCCCAGCGCAGCUCACCUGUCUCCCAACUCGGACACCAACACUGGCACACAGGUGCAGUGUAGCGAAAGCCCACUCAAUCAUCUCCACUGACCCACUUUGAGCAUGGACUCCGGGAGAGAUUGAUCGAGUUUACUAAUGACCAGAAAAAACACACAAAAUGAAUACGGAUGACUUUCCCGUCAGCUCGGGGAGUUGUCUGCGGACCAGAGCGUCCCUGGAGGAGCGACUGGGAUGAAACCGUGCGGACUGCCAGCUUUUUUACAGACAUUUUGUAUCUUCCUGAGGCUUAGGAUUCAAUAAAUGUGUAAAACAAAGAGAGAGGAGACAGAAUUUAUAGUGUUUGUAUUUUAUCAUGUCACAUUGUCUCAAAAGAGAACUAACUACUUUUGCCAAAGGAGACAAAAAGCAAAUGGAGGAUCUCUGUUUUAUGUUUUGUGCUAUAAUUGUAAGGACUUUGCUCAUGUCUCAUUUGAAUCAAGCUAAACAUUUGGACUGUUUUGAUCAUCUCCAUUACCUCGUUUACUCAGGUGUGAUUUUGGAGACCACUGUAUUAGUCAUUAGCGACUCUUCCUUAGAGCUGCUCUCCUCAUCCUCCCAGCAGCAGCGGCAGCAGCAGCAGCAACAGUGUGGGUAGAGGAGACAGACUAAAACGUUUAGCACUUUUGGUGAACUGUAGUCUUGGGUUGCUCCACUUGUUUCGCUUGGUUUGUGGUUGGGUAUUUCCACUGCCGGUUGUUUCUGUUGGCAGCUUUUAACUCUGAUUGAAGGACCAAGUGGACACACACAGAGACCAGAGAACACUGUAGUAUUUCUCUGUUUUCCUAUUCUGUACUUAAUCUCCAUCUUCCAGUGCCAGUCGGUCAUGUACUUGCCAAUUUUACGAGUGAUUAGAUUUGUCUGAUUUGAAUGUACUAUUGGGGAUACUUUGACAUUUUAAUUUAUUCUGGUUCCAUGCUUUAGAUGCACACACAGUUAAUAAACAUUUGUAAACCAUUAGGAAUAGCAUAGCGGCAAACAUGCUAGCCGCCAGUAUCCAGUGGUUUCCGAGAGGAAUGCAAACAGUGCUGGACUCCUAUUUGAUUAGUAGCACAGACCCACGAUUCUUCACUUUAUUACAAGUGCUUGUUGCUGAAGAAUAACAGGCUGCAGUUCAAAAUGUCAAAGUAUUGCUCUAAGACUUUGCAUCUCUUAAGGAUAAUACCAGCCUUUUUGACAUUUAGGUGCUGUAUAAUUUGCUCACUCUAGUGUAACAGGAAAAAUAGUAAUGUCUAACACACCGAGUUUAAUCUGUUUCAUAGUGCAACAGAUCCGCACCAGACAGCGCUUUCCUUCCAACUAAUUUAUGUAAACGAUUAUUACACUUUAAUAUAAAGCUUUAUCUCCUUUACAAAAAUGUCUAAGGUAGAAGUGUAUUUGUAUUUUUCUAAUAUACAAAAAGCCACAACAAUGUAACAAAUAACUUAAUAUUAAUAUUUUUUAAAAUCAUUUCAUUGUGUAUUCUCUCGGGUUUUCUGCCUUUCUGCCACUGUUCAGAGAUUUUAAAAGGGGUUUAUUGGCACACUGGUAAAGCUAAAUAUAUGCCCCUAAUAAUGUUGAUAAGGGUAAAUUGUAAUUUGUGUAUGUCUGUUAGCUUUGUGCCUUACUGGCUAUUGUCCAUUGUGCAUCCAAAGGCACAUAGCAGCUGGUUCAUGCUUUAGACCAGCUACAAAUAAAUUAAUAACUUUUGUCAAAAAGAUUUCCCACAACAUUUAUUUCCUGUACUGUAUAAUUUAUGCCUUAGACAAAAAUCCUGGUGUUAUCAUCCAAUGCCAUAUAAGGGAAAACUGAAGCUAAAUGUGGUCUUCAUAUUGAAGACCUCAAUACAAUAGCAUUGAAUGGAAAACUAGACAAAGUAUGUUUUGAAUACCAUCUUGUGUGUAGACAACUGUGUACUCAGUAUUCAUAAUA